CUUUAAUAAGAGAGAAGGCUUUUUCAUCUUCACUGAAACUCGACUAACCAAAAUAGUAAUAAAAGCCCUACAAACAAAAAAUUCUUUUACUAAAUAAAUCAAUCGUUAAUGGCUUCUUCGCUUCUGAGGAUCUACUCCUUUUUCUCAAGCUUUCGGCUCCAGUUGCUAUUAUUUUUCGCGUUAAUUUUACUUUCUCGACCGAUCAGCGCUGCGGAAAAUCAGUUCAAGUUGGAUGGCAAAGUGUUGGAGCUCGACGACUCUAAUUUCGACGCCGCAAUUUCGAAUUUUGAUUAUAUUCUCGUGGAUUUUUAUGCUCCGUGGUGUGGUCACUGCAAGCGUCUCGCGCCUGAGUUAGAUAAAGCGGCUCCUAUUCUAGCUGGAUUGAAGCAGCCCAUAGUUGUUGCAAAGGUAGAUGCUGACAAGUACAGAAAGCUUGGUUCUAAGCAUGACAUAGACGGAUAUCCUACUCUGAAGAUUUUUAUGCAUGGAGUUGCUACAGAAUAUUAUGGACCACGAAAAGCUGAUUUACUUGUUAGAUUUUUGACAAAAUUCGUUGCUCCUGACGUCUCUAUUCUCAAUUCGGACUCUGCUAUUAGAGACUUUAUUGAAGCAGCAGGCACAAAUUUUCCUAUAUUUAUAGGUUUUGGCUUAAAUGAGUCCGUGAUAUCAGAUUUAGCUGUCAAGUAUAAGAAGAAAGCGUGGUUUUCUGUGGCCAAGGAUUUUUCGGAUGACAUAAUGUCGUUGUAUGAUUUUGAUAAAGUGCCUGCUUUGGUUGCAAUUCAUCCAGCUUACAAUGAACAGAGCAUUUUUUAUGGGCCAUAUGAAGAAAAAUUUCUUGAAGAUUACAUAAAACAGAGUUUGCUCCCUCUAGUACUGCCAAUAAAUCAAGAGUCAUUGAAGUUGCUUAAAGAUGACAAAAGAAAAGUUGUUCUUACUAUCUUGGAGGAUGAAGCAGAUGAGCAAUCCAACGAAUUAGUUAAAGUUUUAAAGGCUGCCGCAUCUGCUAAUCGUGACUUAGUAUUUGGUUAUGUUGGGUUCAAGCAGUGGGAAGAUUUUGUUGAAUCAUUCGAAGUCUACAAGAAAACUCCGCUUCCGAGGAUGGUUGUAUGGCACGGUGAUGAGGAGUAUUACGUGGUUAUUGGCUCAGAAAGCAUGAAUGAAACAGAUAUCGGCACCCAAGUCUCGAGAUUUCUUGAAGGUUAUAGAGAAGGAAAUGUUGUAAAAAAAAGCGUAGCUGGUCCAACCUUGAUGGGUUUCCUAAACUCACAGAUUGGAGUCAAAAUUGUUCUCAUUUUUAUUUUUGUGGCACUGGUAAUGUUGAUGAUCUUUUCAAUGACUAAAGAGGAACCUCUUACCGUUGGCACUAGGGAGCAAGUUGAUGAACGGAGCUCCACCUCUCAGCCAGAAUCCGCAGAAUUGCUUCGUUCUGCUCUGAAGGAGGAUUGAUUUCGUGGUUGGCUGAAACACCACACGGCUAGUUGCAUCGAGAACAACUGUGGAACCCAGUUCUUGGACAGGCGAAUCAUGGGGAUUCCUAGAGUGAUCGCACAGUACCACGGCGAAUGGUGAUCAUGAUGUAGUUUCAGUUUCAACUUUGCACUUCUGUGGCAUAUUUAUUUCAUCUUUGUUUUGUAAUUGGAGAAAUUUAGAUAGACUAUUUAUUGCUAAUGAAAAGUUGGACGAAUUUCAUUUUCGAUUCGGUAUAUAGUAACAGCAUAGUAUACGAGGAACCUGUUGCUGCAUUUUGGGUAAA